AGGCCACGCUAGCCUAACUUUCCUUCCUCCCUAUCACUCUCACCCCCACAUUUCCUCUUCCUCUUCUGGUUCUUCAUCAUCGAGGUCACCGGAUCUUUCAAGUUAUAGUCAUGAAGAAACAACAGAUCUUUCUUCGCUUCGUGCUUGUGUGGUUGGUGGCGGCGGUGGUCGGAGCAUCAGAAGGAGGCGGAGUAAGAGAAGAGGAAGAAGCUGAUAGGAUCGUGGAACUGCCCGGCCAACCCAAAGUGUCGUUCCAACAAUUCUCAGGCUACGUUACUGUGAAUCACGUUCCUGGUAGAGCCCUCUUUUACUGGCUCACUGAAUCCCCUCAAAACGCCUUCUCCAAACCCCUCGUCAUUUGGCUCAAUGGAGGUCCUGGUUGUUCAUCGGUGGCGUAUGGAGCAUCCGAGGAGAUUGGCCCGUUCAGAAUCAACAGAACUGCUUCGGGGUUAUACCUUAACAAGUUCUCCUGGAACUCCGUCGCCAACCUCCUCUUCUUGGAAGCUCCCGCCGGCGUCGGCUUUUCCUACGCCAACCGCUCCUCCGAUCUCUAUGACAGCGGCGACCGCCGCACCGCGAAGGACUCCCUGGAAUUCAUAAUCAGGUGGCUAGAACGAUUCCCACGGUACAAGAAUCGGGAACUUUAUAUCAGUGGAGAGAGCUACGCAGGCCAUUAUGUUCCUCAAUUGGCCAGAGAAAUCGUCACGUAUAAUUCAAAAGCCAAGCACCCAAUCAAUAUCAAAGGAAUUUUGGUUGGGAAUGCAGUGACGGACAAUUACUAUGAUAACUUGGGGACGGUGACGUACUGGUGGAGCCACGCUAUGAUCUCCGAUCAGACUUACAGGCAGCUCAUGAGCACCUGCGAUUUCCACCGGCAGAAGGAAUCCGACGAGUGUGAGUCGUUGUAUAGCUACGCAAUGGACCAAGAAUUCGGUAACAUUGAUCAGUAUAACAUUUAUGCUCCUCCAUGCAACAACUCCGAUGGCAGCUCCUCCGCCACCCGCCACUCCAUGCGCUUGCCCCACCGCCCUCAUCAUCCGAUGUUUAGGCAAAUGUCUGGGUAUGAUCCGUGCACAGAGAAGUAUGCUGAGAUAUACUACAAUAGACCAGAUGUUCAGAAAGCACUCCAUGCUAACACAACGGCCAUUCCUUACAAGUGGACUGCUUGCAGUGAGGUUUUGAAUCGAAACUGGAACGAUACAGAGGUAUCCAUACUUCCCAUCUAUAGAGAGUUGAUGGCACAUGGAACCAGAGUCUGGAUUUUCAGUGGGGAUGUUGAUUCGGUGGUGCCAGUUACUGCAACUAGAUAUUCCCUUGCACAGCUGAAGCUGGUGACCAAGGUUCCUUGGUAUCCUUGGUACGUCAAGAAGCAGGUUGGAGGGUGGACAGAGGUAUACGAAGGGCUUACAUUCGCAACAGUAAGAGGGGCUGGUCAUGAAGUGCCACUGUUCAAGCCCAGAGCUGCUCUCCAGUUAUUCAAAUCAUUCAUUGCAGGAAAACCUCUGCCCAAGUCCUGAGAAUUACCAAAAUUAUUAGUACAAGGACACGAGUGGAAAUUAUGGCAAAGAUCGAAGAUGAUAUCAUAAUUUCUGCUUAAUUCACCAGUUCUUUUCUUUUAUAUUUGUUCCCAAUCAAGGAUUUUGAUGUCCUUUUCUCCGGGUUAGUUCACAAACUAGGGAAUGAAAGAGCAAGAAGGUCCAUGUGUUUAGUUUGUCCCAUAGAGAAAAAACAAACAAGUGGAAGGAAGACUAUAUAUUCUAAUCUGUAAGCAUGCAUUUGUUCUUUAAUAUUCUUGAAUCAACCAAUCUUUAUACAUAAGAUUCCUGUUCAUUG